AUGUCUCCUAGCAUAUUUGCUCUGUACAUCCUUCACCACAAACGCCUCCAAGCGGUGUCCCGCAAGGUGAAGUCAAACGGAGACUACAUAGUAAGUCAAACAUACAGGAGUAGAGGGACAUUAGUCAGCGAUUUCCCCUCCCCCGCCAAGACCUCCGUCAUUGCCCUUUCUGUCUCCAAGGCUGCCGUCGAUGUGUUGAUAGCCUUCGAGCGGACUGGGAAGCUGGGUAAACGUAAAGCUUCCGCAGGGGAAGAAGAUUCUGAACAGCAGCAAUACACUCUCCUGCAACACCCUGGGAAGAAGGUUUUGAAGAACGGCACAAUGCAAAGCAGUCCGCAAGAGAUCGUGGAUAUGUCCACGCACCCAGAGAUCGACGAGUACGUCCUUGGCCAUGAAGCCAUGAAGCGGAUGUCGUCUUCAAAUGUCCUCAUUGUCGGGCUUAAAGGUUUAGGUGCUGAGAUCGCGAAAAAUGUCGCCCUUGCCGGCGUCAAGUCCCUCUCUCUCCACGACCCUACUCCCGUCACCAUCUCAGAUCUAUCCUCUCAAUUUUUCCUUAGCCCAGAAGAUAUUGGCAGGUCCCGCGCCGAAGCUACCGCCCCUCGCGUCGCGGAAUUGAAUGCUUACACACCUGUCACCAUUCACGACUCGCAAAGUUUGACGGAUGAUUUACCCCAGCUCAACAAGUACCAGGUUGUUGUUCUAACCGCCACACCGCUGCGAGACCAGCUGGUUAUUGCUGAGUAUUGCCACAAGAAUAAAAUCUUUGUCAUUAUUGCGGAUACGUUCGGUUUGUUUGGAUAUAUCUUCACCGACUUUGGCGAGAAUUUCACCGUAGUAGACGCCACCGGAGAGGAGCCCACAAGCGGUAUUGUUGCUGGAAUUGAUGAAGAAGGCCUGGUGUCCGCUUCGGACGAGGCUAGACAUGGGCUAGGGGAAGAUGACUACGUUAUUUUCACUGAGGUCAAGGGCAUGGAGAAACUGAAUAACUCUGAACCACGCAAAGUCGACAUUAAGGGCCCUUAUACCUUCUCCAUCGGAGAUGUGUCUGGACUGGGGACCUAUGAAAGUGGCGGUAUAUUCACCCAGGUCAAGAUGCCCAAGACGCUCAACUUUAAGUCCUUUAAGCAACAGCUCGAAAAUCCCGAGAUUCUCAUCACCGAUUUCAUGAAGAUGGACCGACCGGCCAAGGUCCAUCUUGGUAUCCAAGCUCUCCACAAGUUUGCCGAGAUUCACGGUGGCAAGUUCCCCCGACCUCACAACGAGAGUGAUGCCCAGGAGGUCAUUGAGCUCGCGUCUAGAAUCGGAGGCGAGGUUGAUAAGGAUAUCCUUCGAGAGCUCAGCUAUCAGGCGCAGGGGGAUCUGAGUCCAAUGGCAGCUUUCUUUGGUGGUCUUGCUGCACAGGAAGUUCUAAAAGCCGUCUCAGGCAAGUUCCAUCCCGUAGUUCAAUGGUACUACUUCGACUCUCUGGAAUCUCUUCCUUCAUCGGUCACACGAUCUGAGGAAGAAUGUGCUCCCCUUGGAACCCGAUACGAUGGUCAGAUUGCGGUGUUUGGAAAGUCCUUCCAGAAGAAAAUUUCCGAAGUCAAGGAGUUCCUUGUCGGCUCUGGCGCGAUUGGUUGUGAGAUGUUGAAGAACUGGGCAAUGAUUGGCCUUGCUACCGGUGAGAACGGUAAGAUCACGGUCACGGAUAUGGAUCAAAUCGAAACCAGCAAUCUGAACCGACAGUUCCUAUUCCGCCCUAAGGAUGUCGGCCAAUUGAAGAGUGACACGGCCGCAAAAGCUGUACAAGCGAUGAACCCAGACCUCCAAGGCAAAAUUGUCUCACUGCGAGAGCGCGUUGGUGCCGAUACUGAGCAUAUCUUUAGUGAGGAUUUUUGGGAAGAGUUGGACGGAGUUACCAAUGCUCUGGAUAAUAUUGAAGCGCGAACGUAUAUUGACCGACGUUGCGUGUUCUUCCAAAAGCCACUGCUUGAGAGCGGAACGCUGGGCACCAAGGGAAAUACCCAAGUUAUCCUACCCUGGCUCACGGAGUCAUAUUCCAGCUCCCAAGAUCCGCCUGAACAAUCCUUCCCGAUGUGCACGCUGAGGAGUUUCCCGAACCGAAUAGAGCAUACAAUUGCAUGGGCACGUGAGCUUUUCCAGACAAGCUUCGUCGGACCGCCCGAAUCUGUAAAUCUAUAUCUUACUCAGCCAGAUUACACCAAAACAACCCUAAAACAAUCUGGCAACGAGAAGCAAACUCUGGAAAUUCUCCGUGAUUUCCUAGUAACAGACAAACCUCUCAGCUUCGAUGACUGCAUUGUCUGGGCGCGCCACCAAUUCGAAGCCAACUUCAACAACGCCAUUCAGCAGCUCUUAUAUAACUUUCCCAGAGAUUCUGUUACAUCUAGUGGAACUCCCUUCUGGUCAGGCCCUAAGCGUGCACCUACCCCAUUAAAAUUCGAUCCCACGAAUCCUACGCACUUCUCUUUUAUCGUCGCCGCUGCAAACCUCCAUGCCUACAACUACGGAAUCAAGAACCCUGGGGCGGACAAGGGUCAUUACCGAAAAGUUCUAGAUGACAUGAUCGUCCCCGAAUUUACACCCAGCUCCGGUGUCAAGAUCCAAGCUAAUGACAACGAACCCGAUCCGAAUGCGAAGCCAGGUUUCACUGAUGAGGAGGAACUCAAGCGUCUCAUUGCUGCACUCCCAUCACCCAAAUCUCUAGCCGGAUUCCAAUUAGAACCCGUUGUAUUUGAGAAGGACGAUGAUACCAACCAUCACAUCGACUUCAUCACAGCUGCCAGCAACCUGCGCGCCGCGAACUACGACAUCCAGCAAGCAGACCGACACAAAACUAAGUUUAUCGCCGGCAAGAUCAUCCCUGCCAUCGCAACGACAACAGCGCUGGUUACCGGCCUAGUGAUCCUCGAGCUCUAUAAGAUCAUCGACGGCAAGCCACACCUCGAGCAGUACAAGAACAGCUUCGUCAACCUUGCACUGCCAUUUUUCAGUUUCAUCGACCCUAUCGCCAGUCCAAUGGACAAAUACCAUCACAAGGGCCGCGAGAUCUGGUUCCACAAGCUCUGGGACCGUUUCGAAGCAGACGAUAUGGUGCUCCAGGACUUCCUGAAAAGCUGCGAGGAGCAGAAUGGAUUGGAUAUCAGCAUGAUUAGUUCUGGGGUUAGCUUGUUAUACCCUGUAUUUAACAAGGGCCCGGAUGUGAUGAGGAAGCGGUUGCAGAUGAAGUUGAGCGAGCUCGUCCAGUCCGUCAGCGACAAGGCGAUCCCCGAUCAUCAGAAAUACGUCAUCUUCGAGUUUCUGGCGCGCGACGAUACGGAUGAAGAUGUUGAUGUGCCGUACGUGAGCGUGAAGGUGGAUAAGCCAGCGAAGAAGGAUGCUAAGGCGAUGGUUUAACUAGAAAUGAAAAUAGAAUAGAAUGGAUUGAAUUGAACUGAAUUAAUUGCGCAGAGAGAAAAUACGGAUGAGAAUUUGAUGUAAAAUUGUUUGUUUCUGCUUUCUUAAUUGAGUUGUGGGUAACAAAAAUCAAGAUAAGCUUUCAUUUCUUCAGG